GCCCAUAAACAUUGUUUACCAAAUAAUUUUCUUGUUCCCUUCCCUGUAUAGAUUUGUAAACUUCCGUAAAUAAAAAUUUGGGAACGAACGCAACUUUCUGAAAACCUAGGUUACAGAUCCGAACGGAACGAGGCAGUGGUUAGGGAAGAUUAACAGAUAGCCAUGGAUUCAGCUGCUCGAAGAACCGGCGGUGGCCUUUUCGAAGGUCUUUACAAAGUCAUCAUGCGCCGAAACUCUGUCUACGUGACUUUCGUUAUCGCCGGUGCUUUCCUCGGUGAAAGAGCUGUGGAUUAUGGAGUUCAUAAGCUUUGGGAGUACAACAAUGUUGGGAAACGAUAUGAAGAUAUUCCAGUUUUGGGGCAAAGGCCGACAGAUGAAUGAAUUGCCUAAUCUCUUGACUUUUUCAUAAUUUUCAUUCCAUCUGGACAAAGCAUGCAAUAUUAUGCACUUUGUAGUUAUACCAAUUUUCGCAAUAAUUAGUUGGUGCAUAAUGCAUUAAACUUAUUAAUGAUUGUUACAUUGAACUGGGAGUUUGGAGUUGUUUCUCAGUUUUCAUUUCAUUUACUACAAAGAGGAAUAUUUGUAUUGGUUGGUUGUUA